AUGGCAGCAGCAACAGCCACAGCCGCACUCGCCAGCGCCGCAGCACUUUCGGCCUAUCUCAACGCCAAGUACCACCUAGCGAAGGAUUUGUCUCAUAUCUACUAUCAACACCGCGGGACGCGGCACCAAGCGCGCCUCAAGGCGCAGAACAAGGUCAACAUCUGGGCGACCUUUUGCGAGAACUGCGACAAAUUCGCGGACGACGCUUGUAUUUGGUACUCCGACCCGUCUACCAUCCCACCGACGAUUCACACCCUCACGUGGCGAGAAGCGCGCGAGUAUGCGUGUCAAUUCGCGGCAUGGUUUUUGGACGAAGCUGGUGUCAACCCGGGGGACUGUGUCGGGUUCUACUUGCAGAACAGCGCGGACUUUGUGCUGGGUUGGCUCGGUCUGUUGGGCAUCGGGUGCUACCCGGCGCUGAUCAACUAUAACCUCGUCGGCGGAGCGCUGGUGCACUGUGUCAAGAUCGCAGAGUGCAAGGUGCUCCUCGUGGACGAGGACUUCAAGGACCGCGUGUUUGAGAUCGAAGAAGAGUUGCGGCAGCUGGGCGCGGUAGUAUAUGUUGUUGAUCGAGAUUUCAGGGCCCGCAUCUCGAGAAUACCCGUGAAGAUGCCGGACGCGGAGUAUACGAAGGAUGCUGGCGAGAAGACGAAACUGGCGUUGCGGUACACGAGUGGCACGACCGGGUAUCCGAAAGGUGUGAUGGCAACAACUGGUCGAUACUACGCGCGACUCGCCUCCCAGUUCACCCAGAUGGGCAUUCAACGGCUUCAGGCCGCCGGCGGGUCGGGGGAUCGAUGGUACAUCUGCAUGCCCAUGUGUCACGCCACUGCAGGUUCGGCCGUCAUCAUCUGCAUGCUCAUGCCGACAACAUUGUGCAUAGGGUCAAAAUUCUCGGCCUCGCGGUUCUGGGACGAGGUCCGAACGUCUCGCUCAACCGUGGCUACUUAUGUCGGCGAGAUAGCCCGUUAUCUGCUUGCUCUGCCUCCCACGCCGUUGGACCGCCAGCAUUCCCUCCGAAUGGUGUAUGGCAAUGGCAUGAGGCCAGAUGUGUGGAGCCGGUUCCAGGAAAGAUUCGGCAUCGCCAGGGUCUGCGAGUUCUACGGCUCCACCGAGGGCGGUCUGUCACACCUCAACAUCCAGGAAGGAGAUUUUCUCCUCAAUGCCGUGGGUCAUGACGGUUUGAUACGCCGAUGGCAAUUGCAUGACCAGAUUGUGCCUGUGCUGGUCGACGCAGAGACCAACGGCAUCAUUCGCAAUCCCGAGACUGGAUGUGCAGUGCGGAUGCCCUAUGAGAUUGGCGGAGAGCUUCUAUUCCGGCUAGACUCGGAGGCCAGCUUCGUCGGCUACUGGAAGAACCCCGAGGCGACGGAGAAGAAGUUUGCGCGAGACGUGUUUCGCAAGGGUGACUUGUGGUACCGCAGCGGCGACUCGCUCAAGCGAGACAAGGGCGGCAAGUGGUCGUUCCUGGAUCGCUUGGGCGACACGUUCCGAUGGAAAGGCGAGAACGUGUCGACGGCCGAAGUGUCGGAAUGCCUGGGCAGACACCCCGGCGUGAUCGACGCCAAUGUCUACGGCGUCCAGCUGCCGAACCAUGACGGCAGAGCGGGAUGUGCGGCACUGAUGCUCGAUCCCGCAGUUGCGCAGACCUUUGGCCUUGCUGGACUGCUGAGGCAUGCGCGAAGAGACCUCCCAGGUUUCGCCGUACCGCUGUUCCUCCGAAUAGUGCCUUCGGGCUCACUGAAUUCGAUGGGGCUGAAGCAGGACAAGGUGCAGCCUCGGUCUGAAGGCGUCGACCCGGCGCGAGUGCGCGGUGACCAGCUGUAUGUCUUGAGGGGAAAUCGAUAUGUCGUCUUCACAGCGGCCGACUGGGACGACCUGUCGGCGGCGAGAGCAAGACUAUGA